UUGUGUGGUCAAUCAUUACGUCUUCACAUCGCAUCGUCGUCGGUUGAUGGUUUGGUUGGCGGUUUUCUGGUUUGAUGGUUACCUGAUCUGAUAGAGUUAAUUGAUACUCGUGUGUAUUUUCUUUUUCCAAUUUAAAAACAAAAAAAAACAACAACAAAAAGCAAGAAAUAAUAUUUACCUUAACACAUAUCUAGUGCAUGUUUGUCUUACGACGUUGUGUACCUGUAGAUACUCGUACUUUAUACCGUAAUCGCAUAUCAACCGCUAUUUGCUAAUAAAUUUUUGUAUUUUUAUUUUUAAUUUAAUUUCAUUUGUUUUUUUUUUUGUGAAAUCGUACGAAUAAAAUGCAUGAAGAGAAAUGCGUUCGUAUGAUUUUGAUGAUGAUGAUGAAUCUCAAAGUUUUACUAAUAAACUGCAGAAUAAUUCAUUAAUAAUUGACUGCACUGCAAUACCGUCAUCGUCGUCGUGCGUCGUCAUCCGGUGGUGGUCCAAAUCAUCAUUUUUUUUUGACGUAUCUAUAAAAGAUCUCGUUAGUGAAAGAUACAAAAAUUGUAUAUAAAAGUACGAAGUGAUACGCGAAGAGAUUCGUGGCACGCGUCGUGUCUUAAGUAUUUUUGCCCAGAAAAAAAAGAUAGUACCUUACCUACGUACAAAUCGAAGAAAAUAUAAAAAAAGAAAUAAAAGUUAAGGAGAAACUUGAAAUUCGAUCCAAAAAAAGAAGAAGACGUUGACGUUGAAAUUGAAAUUGUAACCACAUCACAAUAAUAUCAACAUAGCACAGCACAUAUCACAUAUCUCACAUCACCUCACAUCGUAGUACACAGCACACAUAUAAGCAUCAUGGGUGUUCGAAGGCCAGGUUUCAAUCGGGGUUAUGAGGAAAUGAAUGGGACUAAUAUUCCUCCAAUUAAUGGCUCUACAUUGAUGGCUGAACCAUCUUUGGGACCAGAAUUUGAACUGUCAUCAAUAACUGUUGUACCUGAUGAUACUUUCACUGUUCAACAAGCUGUCAAUGCUCUCGGCUUCGGUUGGUUUCAUGUUAAGCUAUCACUUUGUGUGGGUCUCUGUUGGAUGGCUGAUUCUAUGGAAAUGACAAUAUUGAGUGUCUUAGGCCCUGCAUUACACUGUGAUUGGGGUAUUUCAAGAUAUCAACAAGCCUUAACAACAACGGUUGUAUUUUUGGGAAUGAUGUUGAGUUCAAGUUUUUGGACACAACUUAGUGACCGAUAUGGAAGGAAGCCUGCCUUGACGUUAUGCGGAAUUCUAUUAUUUUUGUAUGGCCUUUUGAGCGCAGUAGCUCCCAGUUUUGGUUGGUUAUUGCUGCUGAGAGGACUGGUGGGUUUUGCAAUUGGAUGUGUUCCACAAUCUGUAACUCUUUAUGCGGAAUUUUUGCCGUCAAAACAACGCGCCAAAUGCGUAGUUCUCUUAGAUUGCUUUUGGGCUCUUGGAGCAUGUUUUGAAGUCGCAUUGGCUCUUGCAGUUGCACCAAAUUUCGGAUGGAGAUGGUUACUUGGAUUAUCAGCUUUACCGUUAUUUGUUUUUGCUGUUAUUACACCAUGGUUGCCAGAGUCAGCACGAUAUCAUGUAUCCAACGGAAACACCGAGAAGGCUCUACAGACUCUCGAAGAUAUUGCUCGCGAUAAUAAACGUCCGAUGUUGUUGGGUCGCUUAGUCGUUGAUGGCUGCCCCAACUCCAAAGGAAGCAUUAAAGCUCUUCUUUGUCCUGGUCUAAGACGAACAACCCUGUUGCUUUGGUUUAUCUGGAUGUCAUGUGCCUUUUGCUACUACGGACUUGUCCUAAUGUCCACGGAACUUUUCGCCAAUAAUCCUUCUGGUUCCAAGGAACUUUCAGAUAACAUUGAUGAUUGUAGACCUUUAGAGACUACAGAUUACAUGGAUUUGCUUUGGACAACUCUGGCAGAAUUCCCAGGAAUUUUCGCAACUAUUGCUAUUAUUGAACGUUGUGGUAGGAAGAUUACAAUGGCGUUGCAGUUCCUUCUCUAUGCAGCUUGUGUAGUUCUGCUAACUUAUGCCACAGAACGAAUUUACCUAACAAUUGUACUUUUCAUCGCUCGAGGAGUCAUCGCUGGACUCUUUCAAGCUGCCUAUGUUUACACACCUGAGGUGUAUCCUGUGGCAUUGAGGUCUGUAGGAGUUGGAGGAUGUUCAGCUCUGGCUCGGUUGGGGGCAAUGGCAACACCGUAUGUUGCACAAGUUCUUCUGCAAACAUCAGUUUGGAGUGCCGUUUCGGUAUAUGGAUUCUUUGCAGUUUUUGCAGCUGUCGCAUGUCUAUUGUUACCUUAUGAAACGCAGAAUUUAACCUAAAAUAUGAAGAAAUCAAGAAAAUUGUAAUAACUGAAUGAACACAAUAGACCCACGGAAUGGCCCUUAAAACAGUGCACUAAAAUGUAUACAAAGCCCAUUUAAGAUAUAAGUUAGGUUCAAAAUAUCAGGAUGCACAACUCGCCACGUGUCUAUUCUGUUCAAUCAGUAAAACUAGGAUUUACUUUAAACAUUCACAAAACGACUCAACAAAAGUUACCAUAAACAAUAAAAUUUAAAUUUUUUAAGGGCCAAUACAAAUCAUCAAAAAUCAGGAAUAUACUAAAGGUUUAUCCAAAAUAGUGCUAAAAUGAAAUUCAUAAAUAUUUGAUGAGUUAAAAAUGUGAAUCUAAACACUAAAAAAUCCAGUUUCUUUGACUGAUAUUGUUUUGAUAUAAAUAUACAUGUUAACAGUUUUGUAAAUAAUUAUAAAUAUUAAGCUACAUAUUUUUAACAAAAAAGAAAAUAUUUUUUUUUAUAAGCA